AUGGUAUCUUUUGAUGUUACAUCCCUUUUUACUUCUAUUCCCCAGGACCUGGCGAUCGAGACAAUUGAACUGCUACUACAAAGCAAAUACGAUGAAACGGAGAACCGUCUUGGACACGCCCAAAUCCUUCAGGUCCUGAAGCUCUGUCUCAGGACGUACUUCACGUUCGACGGGACAAUCUACGAACAGGUGAAGGGCACACCAAUGGGUUCGCCGAUUUCGGGAUUCAUCGCCGAGGCGGUCCUGCAACGGUUAGAGUCGCUGGUCUUCCAACACCAUAGACCGAAAUUCUGGGCCCGGUAUGUGGAUGAUACCUUCGUCGUCAUCGAACGGGAUCAGGUGUUGAAAUUCCAAAAACAUCUCAACGCCGUCUUCCCGGACAUUCAAUUUACGAUGGAGGAGGAAGAGAACAACCAGCUGGCCUUCCUGGAUGUCCUCGUAUGCCGCAAGGAUUGUGGUGAAUUAAAGACCAAAGUGUUCAGGAAAGCGACAAAUACGAUGCAAGUACUGAACUUCAACAGUAACCACCCAAUCAGCCACAAACGCAGUUGUGUAAGGACGCUCUAUCGGCGUGUCGAAACGCACUGCAGUGAGCCGGAAGACAAAAUUGCUGAACUACAAUACCUCCGACGGGUCGUCAAAGCCAAUGGCUACCCGCGCAACUUCGUCGACCGGUGCAUACGCAAAAGGGACGAAAGGCCUAACCGCACGGACACCAAGUCUUGGCGGGCACUUCCGUAUGUCAAGAACGUUUCGGUAGCUGUCGGCCGCCUUCUCGCACCACUUGGGGUUGGAGUGGCACACAGACCGGAGGCAACCAUCAGGCGUCUGAUCAUGAAACCGAAAGACCCACUGCCACGGCUAGAAACGUCUGGAGUCGUUUAUCGGAUCUGGUGUAGUUGCGGACAAAGCAACUACGUCGGAGAAACCGGAAGACAGCUCCGAACGAGAAUGGCCGAACACGCGGCAGCGGUGCGCAGAAAUGACGCCAGCUCUCAAGUUGCGGCUCAUUCGACGAGACCCGGCCACACAUUUAAAUUCGAUGAGGCCGAAAUUCUCGCAAGAGUUGACAACCGAGUGAGCCGAGAGCUACUGGAAUCAUGGUUUACUGGCUCCCAGUCCAUCAACAAGUGCAACGAUCUUCCCAUUCAAUACAGCGUGCUGAGACUUCGUCUAGGCGGAGUAAUUGGCCACGCGGGGAGCGCACUGGUGAACACUCUUCCCAACACCCGGGUCAACGCAUCAGAUGGUCGAGCAAUCAUCACGCCAACAUCCAACGCACGUGAUGAAAUUGCGGCAAUUAUCGACUCGAAUGUCGGCCAUCAAGCAAUGAUCACCCCAAGUGUGACAAUCCCGGAUGAAGGGGGAAGCCGUGAACGUUCAUAG